UGGCAAAGAGAAAUGGUAGAGAUACAAAGGUCCUCAUUUGUAGGAGAUCAUUGAGGGGGAAACGGGAACGAUUGCAUUUUCACUAUACCUUAAUUGUCAUGCAAGCGUCUCCUCCUUUUCUUUCCUUUGAGAACCCUUUCAGGUCUCCAUCCAGGGUUCUCAACCAUUGCGAGAAGAGGAGCCAAGGGAAAGACAGUGUUUUCGGCAUAGUGGAGAUUAUCCAACCUAUUUGCUUUUCCAUUUGCGUUGGGAAAACACAUCCCAACGCAUCAACGGAGAAGUAAUAUUUAGCCACAGGUUGAUUCAAACGUGGAUUGACGUUGAGUUCAACGGUAAUCCAGGAAGCUCUAAGGCCGGAACACUUACAGAAACAUGUCUUCCCCUCAUAACUCUUCACCUGAUAACUCCACACCUGACAAUUCCACACCUGAUAAUUCCACCCCAAAUAACUCGGUUCCUGAUAACUCCACGCCUGAUAAUUCCACCCCUGAUAAUUCAACCCCUGAUAAUUCCACUCCUGAUAAUUCAACCCCUGAUAAUUCCACCCCAGAUAACUCAUCAUCUUCUUCUCAUUCCACUCCUUCAGUGCUAAAUCAAUCUCCAACACCACCUUCCGGGUCACACAAAUCGUUAUCAAAUCAAGGCAAGGACAUCGACACCAAGGCAAUAAUUGGAGGUGCAGUUGGAGGAGGGUUCAUUAUUCUUCUCUUGGUGAUUAUUUGUUUUCUUUGCUGUAAGAAGAAGAAGAAGAGAAAUCAAAAUUACUAUUAUGGAGAUCCUUCCCUUGCAAAAGGAAGUAACUAUUACAACAACGGGCAACACCCCCACCCUAAUUGGCAAACAGGUCCAGGUCCACAUUCUGGGGAACAUGUUGUGAGGGUACAAAAUUCAGGUAAUGGAAUGGGUCCUCCUAGUGGUUCUUGGGGUGCACCACAUCCUCUAAUGAAUAGUGGCGAAAUGAACAAUUACUCAAAUGGAAUGGGGAUGGGAAUGGGAAUGGGAAUGGGAUCAUCCUCUCUACCUCCUCCCUCUCCGGGUCUUUCUCUUUCACUCAGUGGGGGUACCUUCACCUUGGAGGAAUUGGCAGCAGCCACUAGAGGAUUUGCUAAUGAGAACAUCAUAGGACAAGGUGGAUUUGGUUAUGUCCACAAGGGGAUAUUACCUAAUGGAAAGGAAGUUGCUGUUAAGAGUUUAAAAUCAGGUAGUGGGCAAGGUGAACGUGAGUUCCAAGCUGAGAUUGACAUCAUUAGCCGCGUUCAUCAUCGUCAUCUUGUAUCGCUUGUCGGAUACUGUAUUUCUGGUGGCCAGAGAAUGUUGGUGUAUGAAUUUGUGCCUAACGAUACUUUAGAACACCACCUUCAUGGAAAGGGUGUGCCUACUAUGGAUUGGCCAACUAGAAUGAGAAUUGCGCUAGGAUCCGCAAAAGGGCUCGCCUACCUUCAUGAAGAUUGUAGUCCUCGCAUAAUCCAUCGUGAUAUCAAAGCUUCUAAUGUCCUCAUUGAUAAUAGCUUCGAAGCUAAGGUAGCUGAUUUUGGAUUGGCAAAAUUGACGACUGAUACUAAUACACAUGUCUCAACUCGUGUCAUGGGAACUUUUGGAUACCUAGCCCCAGAAUAUGCAUCAAGUGGAAAAUUAUCAGAGAAGUCUGAUGUUUUCUCAUUUGGAGUCAUGCUAUUGGAACUCAUAACCGGGAAGCGACCUUUGGAUUUGACAAAUGAAAUGGAUGAAAGCUUGGUGGACUGGGCUCGACCACUCUUGAAUCGUGUGCUGGAGGAGGAUGGAAACUUUGGAGAGUUGGUGGAUCCAUUUUUGGAGGGCAACUACAAUGCUCAAGAAAUGGCAAGAAUGGUAGCUUGCGCUGCUUCGAGCAUUCGUCAUUCUGCCAAAAAGCGUGCAAAAAUGAGCCAGAUAGUAAGAGCAUUGGAAGGAGAUGUCUCACUAGAAGACUUGAAGGAGACAAUGAUGAAGACUCCUGGGCAUAGCAGCAAUUUCACCUCUUCAUCUGGUCAUAGCUCAGACUAUGAUACAAUGCAAUACAAUGCUGAUAUGAUGAAGUUCAGAAAGGCAAUAAUGUCAAGUCAAGAAUUUGGUACUAGCAACGAGUUCUCUAGUAAGGAGAUGGGCCAUUAAUGGAAACGUGGGGUAGAUCUUUUUCAUAGAUGAAUCGGUGAGACGUCAAUAAUUCAAGCUAGCUUUGGACAACUCUAAUGGCAUGACCUUUUUGCCUGAUCACACACUCAAGAUAGGAAAGAGGAGAAACAUAAGAACUAUAGCAAAGUUGUUCCUAAACAUUUUGGAGCACAUUGGUGUGUUUGUGAUGUACAUUUACGGUGUUACUUAAUGUGACUUCAUUUGAAUCAAUGUAUAUGGUUUGUGCUAUAGAUCUAUGUAUUCUUGCAUUAUUACAAAAAAAAAUUCCUCUUUUUAA